UAUAGACCAGCCCACAGAGUGCAUACCCCAGCGCAUGGCACAUAGCGGACUGCCAAACCCAUAAAAAGAGUCUUUCUGGCAAUUAGCCGAUUUCAGUGAUGGCAGCUCCCGGAGGUGCCGUUCCGCAGUUCGCGUCGCUCUACGUGGGCGACCUGCAGCCCGACGUGACCGAGGCGAUGUUGUACGAGAUCUUCAACUCCGUGGGCCCCGUGGCCUCCAUCCGCGUCUGCCGCGACAGCGUGUCGCGCAAGUCUCUGGGCUAUGGCUAUGUGAAUUUCCACAACGUGUCCGACGCUGAGCGAGCCCUCGACACCCUGAACUACUCCAGCAUCAAGGGACGUUCGUGCCGCAUCAUGUGGUCCCAGCGAGACCCCUCGCUGCGGAAGAGCGGCACGGGGAAUAUCUAUGUGAAGAACUUGGACAAGAACAUCGACAACAAGGCCCUCUACGACACCUUCAGCCUCUUUGGCAACAUCUUGUCCUGCAAGGUGGCGGCGGAUCCAAAUGGGAACUCCUACGGCUACGGCUUUGUGCACUACGAGACCGACGAAGCGGCGAAGCAGGCCAUCGAGAAGGUCGAUGGCAUGAUGAUCGGCGAAAAGACGGUGCAGGUCUGUGAGUUCCAGAAGAGGGACGACAAAGGCGUUGACAAGGAGAACUUCACCAACAUCUAUGUGAAGAAUUUCCCCGCGGAUUGGGACGAAGACAAGAUCCGCAGCACCUUCAGUGAGUACGGCGUCAUCUCCUCCCAUGCUCUUCGCAAGGACAACAAGGGCCGGGCCUUUGCCUUCGUGGCCUAUGAAAGCACCGAGUCUGCCAAGCAAGCAGUGGCCGAGAUGCACAUGAAGCCCAAUGGCCAAGACGAGGGCGAGGAGAAGUUGGGCCCCGAUGGGCACCCCGAGAACAAGAUCUAUUGCCAACGCGCCCAGACGAAGGCCGAACGUCAGGCCGAGCUGCGCUCCAAGUUCGCGAACAUGGACGCUGGAGGCCGCUUCGGACAAAACGUGAACCUCUACGUGAAGAACCUGGACGAGAGCAUCGACGAAGCUGGCUUGAAGGAGCUCUUCGAGCCCUUCGGGAAGAUCACCUCGGCGGCGGUGCCCUUGGACUCCAACGGCAAGUGCAAGGGCUUCGGCUUCGUGUGCUUCGAGGAGCAGGACGAUGCCACCAAGGCUGUCACCGAGAUGCACCUCAAGGUCGUCAAGGGCAAGCCCUUGUACGUGGGCCUGGCCGAGAAGCGCGAGGCCCGCCAGGCACACCUGCGCCAGCGCUAUUCGAUGCCGUUUGGCAAGGGCGGCAAGGGCGACAAGGGCGGCAAGGGUGACAAGGGUGGCAAAGGUGGCAACCCCAACAUGGGCAUGAUGGGCAUGAUGCCACAACAGGCGAUGAUGGGGCCGAUGGGCAUGAUGAGGCCUCCCAUGAUGGGCAUGAUGCCCCCGAUGAUGGGUGGCAAAGGCGCGAUGCCCAAGGCUCCCAUGAUGGGUAUGAUGGGCAAAGGUGGACAGAUGAUGCCGGGGAAGGGCGGAGGCAUGCCAGCCAUGCCCAUGGGGCAAAUGAUGAUGAUGCGGCCCAUGGGUGGCAUGAUGCCGCCUCGCCCCGGGGGCGCUGGGCAAUUGAACGCCGCGGCGCUGGCCAACGCAGCGCCUCCGGUGCAAAAGCAGAUGAUCGGUGAGAAGCUUUUCCCGUUGAUUUCCAAGAUCCAUCCCGAGCAAGCAGGAAAGAUCACGGGAAUGAUGUUGGAGAUGGACAACAGCGAGUUGCUGAUCUUGUUGGAUUCGGAGCAGCAGCUCAAGCACAAGGUGGACGAGGCCCUUCGAGUACUUCAGGGUGCCAACCAUUGAGGGCGGAUUUUGCCCCCGGGGGGGGGAAAAAACAAGUCGGGAUGGGCUGAAGAUUGAUGACGGAACAUUCCGUUCUUGUUUCCGA